GUGUGUGUGAGUGUGUGUGUCUGUGUGUGAGUGUGUGUGUGUGUGCGCGUGUGUGUAUUUAAGGUCGUGUUGAGUCUUUCUACAGUCUCAGAGCUGAACACACUGAAGAUAACAAGAUGAACAGAGAGAUGCUUUACGCUGCACUGAUCGUCCUGCUGCUGCCCAUCAGCUCUCAGGAUGGAGUGUUCAGGGUUCCUCAGAACAGAGUGAUCAUACAGGAAGAAGAUUCAGACGUCCUCCUGAAGUGUUUCCCCACAAUCAGUGCUACACACUUCACACUCCGCUUGGCUAACGACUCUGCUCUUCCUCCUGACCUGCACUUUAUGACUGAUGUCACACAGGGGAUUGUGAUCAGAGCUGCGAGACUCAGCUACAGAGGAGAAUAUGUCUGCAGCGUGCGAGUGAACGGCACACGGAGAGAUUCAUCUGUGUUCUACGUCUCCAUCAAAAAAAAAGUCCGCUUCCCUCCGGCCGUGUGUGUGGAGGUGGACGAGUGUGUCCGAGUCACUGGAGAGAAACUGCAGCUCACCUGCAACACCAGUAACCCUGAUCACACCUUCAUCACCGAGUGGCAGAACUCCAGCAAUCAGACACUUCAGGAUAAGAAGACGAUUAAGACGAUCGAUGGCAUGGUUCAUGUGAUGAGUGUGAUCAAUUUUCUUAACGUGACCAAGUCUAAUGCUGGUAAUCUGACCUGCAUCACCAAAAACAAAGCAGGAAAAAACACCGCCACCGUCUUUCUCCGAGUCACAGAGAAGCCUUACGUGUCUCUGACGCCACUGAAGCCGAGGGGAUUAAAGCCCACAGUGGAGCUGAUGGAGGGGGCGACGCUGGAGCUGAUGGUGGAAAUCGACGCUCACCCACCCAUCCAGGACGGGAGGUGGAGCACACCACGGACUAAAAACACCUCCACCUACAUGGAGACGCUUUCCAACAUCCACAGGAGUUACAGACAAGUGGCUACUCUUUCCAUAAAGAGAAUCAGAGCAGACGAGAGUGGCUGGUACAGCUUUAAUGCCUGGGGAGCCAAUAUUAAUGCCACAACUCGCUUUAAAGUCUCUGUCCACCAUGUGUCCCACCCUCCACCACCACCUCAUGCCUGGACAUCUCAGAUUUUCAUCACCAUCAUCACAGCAACCUCAUUUACAGUGAUGCUGCUCUUCAUUCUGUUGGGGGUUUGUGUGUACAGGUGUAAACAGACACCAAAAUAUGAGAUACGGUGGAAAAUCAUUGAGGUGAGUAAUGGGAAUAAUUACACGUACAUCGACCCAACGCAGCUUCCCUACAACACCAAGUGGGAGUUUCCCCGAGACAGACUGAUGUUAGGUAAGGUUCUUGGUUCGGGAGCGUUCGGUAAAGUGGUGGAAGCGACAGCGUUGGGUCUGGAGAAGGACGAUCACAUCACUCAGGUGGCUGUGAAAAUGCUGAAGGCUAGCGCUCACUUGGAGGAGAAAGAAGCUCUGAUGUGUGAGUUGAAGAUUUUGAUUCAUCUUGGUUGUCAUGCCAACAUCGUCAACCUGCUGGGAGCCUGCACACAUGGGGGUCCCGUGUUGUUAAUCACAGAGUUCUGCAGUCACGGUGAUCUGCUCAACUUCCUGCGCAGGAAAGCGCCAUCUUUUAGUAACUCAGUGUUUCACACACACAAGCUCUCAAACAUCUACAGGAACCUGAUGGAGCAGCAGAACCACGAGAAUUGCCAUGAGAUCAACAGUUACAUGGACAUGCAGCAGGGUCGAAGGUCAGGAGAAGGUACACACGGAAGAGACAGUGAAGGAGGACAGAGAGAUCCAUCAGCACUGAACAUCCAGCACCUGCUCAGGUUCUCAGCUCACGUGGCUCAGGGCAUGAACUUCCUCGCAUCCAAGAAUUGUAUCCACAGAGAUGUUGCUGCUAGAAACGUCUUGGUGUCCGACUCACUGGUGGCUAAGAUCUGUGAUUUUGGUUUGGCUCGUGACAUCAUGAAUGACUCGAACUACGUGGUGAGAGGAAACGCACGCCUGCCGGUGAAGUGGAUGUCUCCUGAGAGUAUAUUUGAGUGUCUGUACACGGUACAGAGUGACGUUUGGUCCUAUGGGAUUUUACUGUGGGAAAUCUUUUCUCUCGGGAGAAAUCCUUACCCAGACGUGGUGGUCGAUGCUCGCUUCUACAAGAUGAUCAGAUGUGGGUAUCAGAUGUCACAGCCAGAUUUCGCACCUAAUGAGAUGUAUAAAAUAAUGAAGAUGUGCUGGAGUCUUGAGCCGACCUUGAGACCGACCUUCAGCAACAUCGUCCAGAUGAUCAGCGCUCUGCUACCUGAAACCUCAACGCAACAGCAGCAGUAUAAGAACAUUCAACAGGAGCUCACACGGAAGUUUGAGUCGAUGGAAUGUGUAACGGACAAAACAAAUGAGGAUCAUCGUGACAAAACAUCAGAAGAGCAGUGUCCGCUCACACACUCCAACAACUACCAGCUUUACUAAACCACAGGUUUAGUUCUCACUCUGGAACAUGAUGUCAGAAUUCUGUGUGUUACUGUUAGCAUUACAGGAUAAAUCAUCAGUUAGCAUUAGCAUCAUCCUGAAGAAAGUCCAGACAGGUGCAGACAUUACAGUCAUUAAACACAACGAGGUAUGAUAAUGUGUAAUCACUGAUGAACAGAAGUGUGUAAAACUCCAGACAUAAGAGCUUCAGAUCUUUCAGUCUGAUUUAGAAAUCAUAAACUUUAUUCACGUAAAUGGAUCAUUACAUAAUAUACAGUACCAUUAUUAAAAAAUAUGUAUAACAUCCAAGUCUUUUUUCUGCUUCUUCAAACUGUAAGAUUUUAUUAUUUCAGUUUUUCUGACUCCAGUUUAAAUUUGUAUAUAAAAAGAGCUGAAUGUGUCAGAAAAUUUUUUAGUAAAAGUGUGUUUAUGUCACACUGUGUGUGUGUGUGUGUGUGUGUGUGUGCGUAUGUGUGUGAGUGUAUGUGUGUGUGUGUGUGUGUGUGUGUGUGUGAGUGUGUGUAUGUGUGUGUGUGUGUGUGUGUGAGUGUGUGUGUGUGUGUGUGUGUGAGUGUGUGUAUGUGUGUGUGUGUAUGUGUGUGUGUGUGUAUGUGUGUGAGUGUGUGUGUAUGUGUAUGUGUGAGGUUGAGUGGUACUUUUCUUCAAAUAUAAAUGUCUCUGUGUUGAUGAACUCUGUAUACACACAGAACUAAAUGUCCUGACAUUUCUAUAUUAUAGUUAAAGUAAAAUGGCUUUUUUUUCUUCUCAACACUUUAUUUACUGCAAACUUUUAACAAACUCACAAUAAAG